UGAUUAGAGUAUACGAAGUAAAAACGGAAACAAAAAUUAAUAAGCGGGGCUGUUGACUCUGUUGAGAGAGAAAGGUUGAAAUCUGUACUGUAACUGACUGUAUGAAAAGGACUAUUAGCUCGGCUAGUAGGCACAAUGAGUCAUCCAGUAGCUACUAUAACAAAGUACAGCAGCAAGAGUCAUGUACUACAGAUGACCAAAUUUGUAUCAACAUCAUCAUUACCAAGUAAAGUGAAGAUAGUUGAAGUAGGCCCAAGGGAUGGACUCCAGAAUGAAAAAAGUGUAGUACCUACGGAGGUCAAAGUUCAGCUCAUUGACAGGUUAUCUGAAACUGGUCUUAAAGUUAUUGAAGCCACUAGUUUUGUAUCACCAAAGUGGGUACCUCAGAUGGGUGAUCAUGCAGAAGUAAUGGCAGCUAUUAAGAGAAAGGCAGGGGUCAAGUAUCCAGUGUUAGUACCAAACAUGAAAGGUUUUGAAGCUGCUAUGAAAGCUGGUGCUGAGGAGGUGUCAAUUUUUGGAGCAGCUUCAGAAACUUUUAGCAAAAAGAACAUUAAUUGCACUAUUGAGGAAAGUUUGGAAAGGUUUCGUCUUGUCACUGAAGCAGCUCAAACUAAAGGAAUACCUGUUAGAGGUUAUGUUUCCUGUGUUGUUGGUUGCCCUUACGAAGGACCUAUCUCACCUCAGGCUGUCGCUAAAGUUGCAGUGAAAAUGAAAGAGUUGGGUUGCUAUGAGAUAUCCCUUGGUGACACUAUUGGAGUGGGAACACCAGGAACGAUUAUUAAAAUGUUAAAAGAGGUCACGGCUCACCUUCCUCUCUCCUGUCUCGCCAUACAUUGCCAUGAUACUUAUGGUCAAGCCUUAUCUAACAUACUCACUGCGUUGCAGAUGGGUAUCUCGGUUGUAGAUGCAUCAGUUAGCGGUCUUGGUGGAUGUCCUUAUGCGCCAGGUGCUUCUGGUAACGUAGCAACAGAAGACGUUGUAUAUAUGAUGAAUGGACUGGGAAUAGACACUGGUGUUAAUUUGGAAAAGCUUAUUGAAGCCAGUAGUUUCAUAUCGGAUAGUUUAGGUAGAAAAUCUUCUUCUAAAGUCACUCAAGCUUUGUCUUGUAAACUAUAAUAGCAACUUUAUUUUAUAUGAAUAGAUGACUAGUCUAUGAAUAAUGUCACUACUAUCUAAUCUGUGUAGCC